ACCUAACAUCGACUGUACUCUCUACGAGCGUCCCUGACCUGCCAACUAAAAGUUAUACAAUUGGAUAGCCAGAUCAAAAUCUCGGCUCAGAACAACCAUUGAAAACAACAACAAUAACCCCCCUCAUCACUCCACACACACAUCACACAAUGGAUUCUCAGUCAUUCAAUUACUGGCUAUCACACGGCAGUUACGUGCCUCCGCAACAAGCCAUAGUAUUCGAUUUGCCUCCGGACCUUUCUAAAGUUCCCAGCUUGAGUGAAUCUCCAGUCUCCUCCACAUUUGAUCAGUUCCCCACGCCAGUGCCUCAGGUCUACUACCCGCAAACUAUGGACGAGCCAGUGCAGUUCGGAUCAUAUCCCUUACCAAUGACUCCAUCAGAUCUUGGGUCAGAUCGCGGUAGUCCUUACAGUAGUCCCCGUCCACUACCACAUACAGAGCAACAUUUCGCGCAAAUUCCUAUUAGUGUGCCAGCCGAGAGGGUACAUACUACCUCAGGGCGGCGACGAGCUCAGAAUCGCGCAGCUCAGCGCGCGUUUCGCGAACGCAAGGAGCAGCAUGCUCGCAACCUCGAAAUUCAGCUAGAAACUCUCACAGACAAGUACAGCAACCUCGAGGUAUCGCACCUGGAACUUAAUAUUGCGUACGAGAAGUUACGGAAAACCAUUGAGCUACUCACACAAGACGAUGACGCUGAUGGUGAAGAUGAGGAUGGUCAGAGCACCCGCAGGAGAAAUAACAACUCAGAUACCCUGCGAAAACUGUUGGAUAUACUACAUGGCGAGUUCAAGGGUACCCAGUCCAUCAAGGCUGAAUCUGUUUAGUCUAUUGCGAGAUGGCGCUGGAGCGUUGGUGACUAUUCUCUACAUUACUUCCUUUCCUGUCUAUACCCCGUUUACUUUUACUUUUGUAAGCUGCUUUGGUCAACUCUCUCUUCCACUUGGAGGGGAGACACAACGAGGUGCUAGUUGAGCCAACCUUCUUUCAACAUCGUCACGAGCGUCGUGGAACACAACAAAAUGUCACCACGGUAGGGGACGAGAUAUGCAUAGUCGAAGAUAUCAUGACAAGCAACGAUAAACCCGUUUAUCAUGUCUCUACUUUACGGUAUUGAAGCCUGUGAAUAGCCUCUCUAGAACUUCACUAUUUUAUUUCCUAAG